AUGGCGAGCAACUACUACCUGAAAGUCACCGCGGGACCCAACUAUACCGAACAACAUCCCCUUUCCAUCAACACCGAACAACCCACCCGCAUCACGUCGGACCAUCUUACCGCCAACCUCGUCGUGCGCAUCCAGAACUACCGUGGCCUCGACGUCGACGGCAAACCGUCGGAGCAUAAGACGAGUCCUUACUUCUCCAAGCCACCGCACCAGCAUGAUCUGUACAGUAUCCAGUUCAGCUUCACGCUGAAAGAGGACGUGAACGCACAUGACUUGGUGUUUGGAAACGACUUCGAUCACGCAAUUCGAGAUCGCUUGCCGCCGGGCUUUCAGCAGGCAUUCAACAUUGUGAAAUGGUUCAUCGAUCCGGGGUUGUACGGGGAUGUGAACGCGGAUAAACCAUACCUCUACGGCCCGCUACUCAGCUCAAUCAACACCUUCCGUGUCGGUCCGAAAGAUGACCGGGAACAAGAAAAGAUUGAGGAGACUCGCGCGAACCAGGACUCCGAACUGAGUAUCCUCUCCGAAGGUGGCGACGCCGACGGCGCCCAACUCCGGAAGGACGCGCAUAUCCCCCCCGAUGCCGCGGCGAGGAAGAAGUACUUUCUCACCGAAUCCCAUCUCAAGGCUUUUACGUUUGAGAAGGGGAGGGAGUAUAGUAAUGACUUUUUCAACCCGUAUCUGGACUUCAACGAGUUCGCGUUAAAGCUGCCUGGGUUUGGGGUGAUUCCGGGAAUCACGAUGCCGAUACUGCGGUAUUGGGACGGGCAGCCGCUGAGGUAUACGUUGAGGAAGAGGGGGGGUGACGUGCUGAUGGUUGUCAUGUUUACGCUUGUGCCGAGGGAGGAGGUGGAGGGUGAGGGUGCGAAGGAGGAGGUGGAGGGGAAGAAGGGUGGUGAGCCGGCGGCGGAGACGGCGGAUGAUGAUGUAGAUUGA